AUCAAAAAAUCACGUUUUGUUUACCGUUCAAUUUUAGGAGUGAAUUGAUUUUAGAAUAAGAAUUCAACUACCUGUAACUUUUCGAUGGCUCCGCCCCAGUGGAUCCACUGCAAUCACUGCUACUACCUGUUUAGUAAAAAAGAUCGGAAGUUCUAUCAGACCAGUUGCCUUCACGUGCUAUGCCGCAACUGCACGGUUUACACUAACCGCGGCCAGUUGUGUCCGAUAUGCCAACGGCAGGGCCUGAAAUUUCACGAAAUUGCCAACGAGAUGGACCCCAAGGAAAAAGCCCUGUACAACCCGGAACCGUUCAAGCCGAUCGAGGCGGCCAGCAAGUCGAUCAUUUUUCAAAUGAAGCAGAAAAAGCAUCUGAUCCUGCAGCUCGAGACCACCGGGGAAAAGUUACACAAAGCCGACCAGAUGGAGCAGCAGAUGCGGGCAAAGAUCGUGGACUAUCAGCGCAAGUUUGACAAGUGUCGCGAGCAGCGCAAGAGCUUGCAGGAGGCCAUCCGGCAGUCGCAGAGCGCGGGUCUGUCGCCGGAAAGUGCCGAGCUGUUGCUGCAGUCGCGCGGCAGCCGGGUUCGGCCACCGACCCAGGGACAGAGCAACUCCUCGUCCGGGGAAGAGUUUUUCGAUUCGGACCGGCAGUCGAGGAGGUCUAGGGGAUCGCAACGCUCCCGCGACUCCUUCCUGGACAUGCGCAAGGACAGCUCCACCUCCUCCGACUCGUCCUCGUCCCGGCCCCGCUCCGUAGACUUUGGCUCGACCCCAUCGAGCAACGUGUCGCCGUCGGCAAGCCGCAUCAGCGACCAGCUGCACCGGAUGCAGAUCAAGCGCACCUGAGGGUGUGGUCAUCGUGAGUUACGCUCAGAUUUGUUGAAGUUUUUCGCUCUUUUUUUUUAUUCAUUUCUCUUAAUUACUCGCUAGAUUGUAAUUUUGACGCGACGAAGACGUUGUUGUUCUGUUUGACGCGGGACGAUUCAACUAUAAAAUGUACAAAAUGUGUUUGAAUUGUGUGUGAGUUUUUUUUUUGUUGCUUUUGCGCCACGUUGUUUUAGGGGGUCGCCGUGCACACUGUAAUACCGCUUUCGUUUUUUUGAAUUUAUUUAUUUUUCUUUUUUGCCUUCUGAACGCUCUAACAACGCUUGAAAUGUUGCUUCUUUGAUAGUUUGUUCCAGUGUUUUUUUUUCGUUUUUGUUGAAGGAUUUUAACUACAUUAUAUUUAGUAAUUUCUGUCACUUUUCCUAUGUAAAGUCUUUUGAAUUGCAUCGCUUCAUUUUAAUUAAACUUACUCUUCUUUUUUUUGUUGUUGUUGGUUUAAUAAUAACGUUGUCUUUAGGCAACUGAACUGUUUUGUUUCCUCCUUAUAAUCAUGUUGUGGUGUGGUGAGUUCUAGGUUUUGUUAUCUUGCAACAAUCGUUGGCUACGAAUCUCGUACUAAUAGAAAGGUUAGGGGGUGACGAUUGAGGAAAGAAGAGAAAACAGGGGGAAAGAAAACUACAGCAGUCUAUUGGUUGUUUGCGUUUGAAC